GUUGGUGAUCGAGGCGUUCACUCGGAAUUGGUUGUUGCAGCGGAAUUUAAGCCUGGCACCGUUAAGGGAUUUAUCGACGGAAAAACGGACGGAAAUGUAACUUUUUAAAAGAUCUUUUCUGUUCCAGUUUUAAGCCUCAGCAGAGAAAGAAGUGGGAAGUUGAACGUAACGUUAUCCAGAGGAUAAAAGUUGUUUUCGUCCGAGCUAGUCGGUUCUGCUCCGUUAUUUCCUGUAGUGAAAUCUGACAAAAUGUCGCCUAAAUCACAGUUUCGUGCCAUUUUUCUGUGCGUAACAGGUAUUUUGGCUUCCUACGCCCAAGAAUGUGGACGACCCCCGAUAGUGGAGAACAGGAUUGUGGGAGGAAUGGACGUCAUAGAUGGUGCUUGGCCGUGGCAGGUGGAUAUACAGUUCGAGAAUAGUCAUAUCUGUGGAGGCUCCAUCAUCUCACAGUACUGGGUCCUAUCAGCUGCUCACUGUUUCCCCAAUCCCUCAGACUUAAGUGGUUACAUCAUCUACGUUGGCCGGUACCAGCUGAACGCAUUGAACCAGCACGAGUCAACGCACCGUGUGAACCGGCUGGUGAUCCCAUCCGGGUACACCGAGCCUUACAACGGGAAGGACCUGGUGUUGAUGGAGCUCACAAGCCCGGUAACCUGGUCAGAUUACGUCCAGCCCAUCUGCUUGCCCAACUCUGGCACGCUGUUCCCAGAAGGCAUGCGGUGCUUUGUCACCGGUUGGGGAAAUAUCCGGGAUAAUGUCCCUCUGCCAGGAGUCGGGACUCUGCAGGAAGUGGAGGUGCCAAUCAUUUCCCAGAGUUCAUGUCAGGAGAUGUACGAGACGCACCCGACGGAGCAGGUGGACAUCCUGUAUGACAUGAUCUGUGCUGGAUACGAGACGGGCGGCAAGGACUCCUGCCAGGGCGAUUCAGGAGGGCCCCUUGUCUGCAAGAUGGUUAAUGGGACCUGGGUGCAGGCUGGGGUGGUGAGUUUCGGACUAGGCUGCGCUCAAGAAAACCAGCCAGGUGUUUACGCGAGACUCACCAGUUACUCCAGCUUCAUCAGUGACACGGUGCCAGGGAUCCGCCUGUAUGGCCGAGCUACUCCGAUCUGGUGUGGGAGGGCGGCCAUGCUGGUCAGCUGUCUGUCCUUUCUACUGAUCUGGCUUCAGAGGUAGAACACUUUAUCAACUGGAUGUCCGGCCAAAUGAAGGAGAACACUAAUAAUAUGUCAGAUGUCCAAGAUUAUCGAGAAUGGUAGAACUAGAAAACUACCUGACGUGCAUAUCAAGCCAUAUUAAACAAGAAAUGUAAUUUAAUCUUAAUUUUUUUUUUAAAUAUGACUGCAUUACGAGCUUUGAUUAAAAGUAGUUUUGAUAAGUUUGUAUUUGAAAUCAAGAGCUUAAUAAAUUGUGUGUUCUGUAUUUGAAAUAAAUUGUUAAUUUGAUUCUUAAAAA